UUCUCCGUGGCCCAACACAUCUUAUUGUUUGUCUUAUUGAGCGAGCCAUGCUUGGAAAACUUGUUCAUUAUACCAUCGAUGGUAUUCUACUAUCUACAGUGAUUGCUGGUGUGAAACGUUCGAGUGGUUUUGAGCCGCAGACAUCACUCAUUACUGAGCCCAACGUAAAGUCUAUCGCGGACAAGUUUUUAGGAGUCGGCGAGACCGUUUUCGAUGUAGUCCAGGCUGCUGCUAUUAACAGCGCGUACUGGAAGAGAUCAACCUCUCGAUAACUAGAAUUGGACCCGGUAUCUGUCGAUACUUGAAGCCAGGGCGCUUUGUGUGUUAUUUCAUGAUCUGGCUGACGUAGAACCCCACCACCCUGUGUUCCCCUCGCGAUAUAAUGUCAAAGGAAGACGACUGAGUGUUGUUCGCAAUUUAAGAGUGCCAAUGGGCAAUUGGGGCCUUGUAUGAGAGGCAAAACCCAAAUAUAUGUGCA